GUUCGCCGCCCUCGAUGGCCGAGGCUUCGGCGGCCGAUCGGGUCAUACUUGAUGUAGGUCCACAUGCGUCCCAAUGGCUAUUACGGUAUGCCCCGGCUAGGAAUAUUCCUUUUUUCUGUGUACCCCGUCACUCUCCUUGCCUAUUCUGAAUGUCUGAACAACGCGUAUCAGCUUUCUUUCCGAUGCCGUCCUCUUCUCUCCGACACUUUCUCUCAAAAGAGAAAUAAUGAGCAUUUUCCGGCUCGGUCACGUGUCGGUGAAGUGGACAGCCACCCAGAUUGAGCAUGCGUACGAAGAAGAAGCGGUGUGGCACGGUGUGCCCUCCUCACCAGGCUUGUCUAAUAAUACGAUGGGGACCAUACGAGUCCCCAUCUUUGCCAGCUACCCUCUUGUAUGCUUCGUUCGGAUCCCCCGUGCUCUCUGACCAUUGCACCCCGGUCGGCCCAUGGACGGCUUCGUCGAGCGCGUCGCCCUCACCCUCAAUGCUAUGGAUCCGACCACGCCGCCGUCGUACAACGAGGGGAUGCCGCGGGUCGCUGGCGCCCUCCCGCCUAAUUAUAGCCGCUACGCCUCAUCCGUCGCCCUCCGCGUCCAGACAGAGCACUACUUCCACCUUCCACCGCGGAGCGUCAAACCGCCUUGGGCGACUCUCAAGCUGAUCAGCCGGUCCCAGUCUGCGACGCAACUUCCUAUCUUUCUCGAGGGGGACAGGAUUGGGGGGCGGUUGACAUUCAACUUGACGCAGCCCGAGAGCAUCGUCGCCAUCAACGCAUACGUGAAGGGUCAAAUCAUCCCCGGUCCGACCGACAAGGACACGUUCCCCUUCCUCGAGGUAUCAACAACACUUUGGACGAAAGCCGACGGGGACCCGCGCAAUCCGGGCGGCCGAUUCUCCGGGAAACUAAGCGGGCACCACGAAUGGAACUUUUCGAUCAACAUGCCGAAGGCUGUUACGAUCCCCACGACACCAUAUUUCACCGGGGCAAGCUUUCCGCUGCCCCACACAUUCCGCGAACGACGGUUUCCAACCAGCAUACAAUAUCUUCUUGUGGUCGAACUAAUACGAGGUCGAUUUCGCACGAAUUCACGCAUACAAACCGAAUUCGCCUACGUCCCGGGGACGCGACCUUCCCCUCCUUCUGCAUUACGCCGGCUCGCGUACCAACAAAAUACUCCUCUGAUUGGACCGGAAAUCGACACAGCAGGCUGGAAACAGUUUCCCGCGCUCCAUGUGAAGGGGACCAUAUUCAACAAGCGCCCGGUCGAGAUUAUCUGCACACUUGCUUUGGCUAAACCAUUAUCUUACACACGAGGGUCGCCACUGCCCUGCCUAAUGACGUUGGCGUCCACCGACGCUCAAGCUCUGGACCUGUUCGCAUCUCCGCAGUCUCUCUCGGUCUACCUUCGACGACGUCUCAAGCCUAUAGUCUCCGCGUCGAAGCGAACCGGGAUGUUCGACGCCAAUGCCGAUUUGUCUGCUGAUCCUGCCGAGAAUAUGGCCGUAGCGACGUGGUGGCCAACCUCGCCGAAUCCAGAGACCCACAUGCCUUCUCGACGUCUCAGUGGGGAGAUCUACCUCCCGGCAACGUUGAAACCGACGUCCCGGAUAGCCUACUUUGCGGUCGAGUACUCUGUCGAGGUUCUCCCGUUUAAGGCGACGACAUUCGUUCCUUCAGCAGACUCCGUCGUCCCCCUGCUCAAGGUCGACAUCGAGGUGACUACGAUGUUCGCAGCCAACUCAGAACGCCCCCGAGUCUACGCUCCCGUUUCCCACGCGGCCUCGAUGCAGCAAGAGCCUACCCGGGACAAUUACUUCAACGUUCCCAUGGACGAGAUGUCCACUGUCUGGCGCACUUGAAGGCGAUGUCAAAUGCAGGAUCCAGACAGAAGGGGCUCAGCUGAAGAGGCCCGACCUGGCGGCAGGCCCGGCCUGACUUUCACUUCGCGUCG